AUGAUAUUAAUCGGGUUUUCGAUUCUCGAUCCGUAUGGCUCAAAAGCCUUUGUCUCACGCUACCAGGCCUACCUUAUCGAGUUGUGCCGAGCAGACCUGGCCUGCAAAGCUCGCGGAAAAUCCGGCUCCCCAUCGGGAUUGAUCCGUUCUCUAGCAUCCUCACUUCUAGUUUUGUACCUCAAUCUGGAAAAUCGGAACCACGAAGAGGCCGCCUUUAUGCUGUGUGCCCAGACAUUACAUAUCGCCGAAAAGCAUGGCUUAUACGAGAUGCACCAUAAGCAGGACCUCAUUGCGAAUCUUCUUACAAAAUCUUCUGAUAGUGAGAGCUAUUGGAUGCUGUGGGCAAGGAUUGAAUCUAUCAAAAUGCUGGUAUUAUGCUUGGUGCGUAUGGAUACGGCUUACGCCCGCUUGAUGGGUACCAACGGGGUCAUUGAUCCCAACCAGGUCAACGUCAUCCUCCCCGUAAACAGCGUUCUCUUCAACUCACCCAAUGCGGAUAAAUUCGUGGAGGAUGCGAAGAUGGCAACAGCCGUUCCUAUGCCCGUUAUCCACAUGCGACAUUUUGCGGAAAGCGCCCCUAAAAGUGGAGUGAUGAACGGAUUCCUUCUGCGAGUGGUUUUGGAUCAUAUCCAUAUCCGGGUCUCCAGCGCUCAGGUUCGGGUCUUUUCCGCCGCGGACGAUAAUGUGCCACAAAUCUGCGAUUUUGCACUAGCCAACCUGUAUAACCGGUCUGCGGAAGCGAAAGACAUUAACCACCAGCUUGUUGCUAUAUCGAGAAAUUAUGCGAGCUUGCUUCAGCCGCCUGCUGACCCUCUUUCCCCAUUGGCAUGGAAUUAUCUAUGCAUGAUCGUAUCCGCUCCAGUCGAACAGUUGGAGCUAGCGAUCGGUCGCCGCGGACCACAAUGUGCUCCAAAAUCCCGCGCUGCUAUUGAGGUGUGGUCCAAGUCACCAGUCGCCAGGCGGGCCGUUUUGCAUGCUGCCCAAAUAUGCUAUAUCCUCACCUUCGGCGCACACCCGCCGUUAUCCUCAGCGGAGAAGAAAUUGCUGCGAGUCGAAUCGAUGGUUUUCACCUCGGCCUUGGUACUUGGUCUGUACUUUUCCACGGAAAGAACAUCUAUUCCUUCUCCUAGACUGGCCGAAGAUAGCAAUCCACCCAGUGCGUUGGAACUCUUGCAAGAUAUUGACUGGGCUAUCGUCAACGGCGAGGGCUUUGCAGAGGACUGUGAUUGGCCCAUGGCUCUCCACAAUACUGAACGAUCUACCUCAGCUCAGUUUGCAGGAGUCCAAGCCAGGGAGUUUAUUCGACAUGGGCAGCUAUCACUUUCCUUUGAUGGUAAAUCUCAAUUGCAAGGCGUCAAAAUGGCCGCCAGUGUUUUCCAGGAGUAUGCCUAUAUUCUUGAUCAACUUGGUGGGUCUGGUGAGUCUCAUGGAUCUGGGAGUGACUUUGCAAAUAUAGCUAGAUCUGUUAGUGAUAUUCUGGCGUCCUGA